AUGCCAGGUGCUUUAACUGAAGAAGGGGCUCCACCGUCCUACGAAGAGGCGAUCAACCCAAACGCUCCACCACCCUCUUACGAUUCGUUGUUCGGGAGAGUUCGUGAGGCGCAAAAAAGAAGUAAAGGAGUACUGGAAUUUCUGAAAAACGUUAUUAUAAUUGUUUUAGGCACUUUGGGUUGUACGUUCAUCUUAGGUGUUACCAUAGUCAUUCCGAUUUGUAUGAUAGUAAUGGGUUCUAUAUAUUUAUAUGACUGUCCUCAAGGGGAAUAUAUUCCAGUGUAUUUGUUAGUAGGAGGUAUAUUCGGUGUGGUUAAACAGCUUUUGCAUUUAUCGACUAGAGUGAGGCAAACGGAGGAAGAACGCCAGGAAGAAAAUCUUCGACAAUCUCCUACGCAGACUUUAUUAAAUUGUUUCAUGCUCGGCUGGUUCAUAAUAGGUUCUGUGUGGGUGUACAAGGAAUAUCAACCGAACUACGACCCGAAUCUCGGGGCGUACUGUAAUAAAAAUUUGUAUUUAUUCGCUUUUUGGUUAAUUACAUCGGUGUAUAUUUUGUUGGGGAUGAUUACUGUAUGUUUGUGUUCGAUUAGUUUAGCGACUGUUGUAUUUCACACGGAACAAAGGGACGAUACCGAAGUUAACGGUAGAUUAUGGUAG